AGCCGAGUCGGACCGAGGAGUGGCCGGGGCCCGUGCCCAGCCCCACUCGGCUUCGUUUUCCCCGACCGGACCCACUCAACAGCCCCCACCCCCCUCCGCACGCCCCUGCCCCAAAGGAGGGUUGGCCUCACCUGGAUCGCCCUCGCCCCGAAAUCGAGAAUUGGGCCACCACGGCGGGAAAGACCCCAAGUCUUGACUGAGCAGGAAAACCUCGGCCAAAUCGGAACCCGGGCAUCGGGGCGUCCACGCCAAGGGCCGCCCGGCGCCGGCCCGCCCGCACCAUGAACGCCAUCGUCUUCAACAAGCUGGGCAGCCAGGUGCUCUUCCAGGGCAGCGGGCCCGGCGGCGGCGGCGGCGGCGGCGGCGGCCACGGGGAGCCCGAGCCGGAGCGGCCCGGCGGCAGGUCCUACGGCGGGGCCCUGGGCAGCCCGCGCCGCCACCCCCCGGAGCCCCGCAGCCCCCGCAGCCCCCGCAGCCCCCACAGCCCCGCCGGCAAAGACAACCUCAGCCUCAGGCACCGCAGAGCCGGGGCCCGGCAGGGCGGCGGGAAGGUGCGGCACAAGCGGCAGGCGCUGCAGGACAUGGCGCGGCCCCUCAAGCAGUGGCUGUACAAGCACCGGGACAACCCCUACCCCACCAAGACCGAGAAGAUCCUCCUGGCCCUGGGCUCGCAGAUGACGCUCGUGCAGGUUUCGAAUUGGUUUGCCAAUGCAAGACGUCGCCUAAAGAACACUGUCCGGCAGCCAGACCUAAGCUGGGCGUUACGAAUAAAACUGUACAACAAAUACGUUCAAGGAAAUGCUGAAAGGCUUAGUGUAAGCAGUGAUGAUUCAUGUUCUGAAGAUGGAGAAAAUCCUCCAAGAAACCACAUGAAUGAAGGGGGAUAUAACAAACCAGUUCACCACACUGUGAUUAAAACUGAAAGCUCAGUAAUAAAAACUGGAGUGCGACCGGAGGCGAAUGCAAAUGAGGAUUAUGUGUCUCCCCCCAAAUACAAGAGCAGCUUGUUGAACCGUUACCUUAAUGACUCUUUGAGACACGUCAUGGCCACGAAUGCCGCUAUGAUGGAAAAAACGAGACAAAGAAACCAUUCCGGUUCGUUUAGUUCCAAUGAAUUCGAGGAGGAGUUGGUAUCCCCGUCGUCAUCAGAAACCGAAGGCAACUUUGUCUAUCGCACAGAAAUGCUGGACAAUGGACCCAACAAGUGUGACAGUGCAGCUAAACCAGAAAGGGGACGAGCAAAGACGAAACAUACUGGAAGGAAUCAAUGCAGCUAUGGCCUUAACAAACCUCGCGCAGGGGAAAGACAAACUGCAGGGAACUACCAGCUGCAUCAUUCAGAAAUCCUCACACAUAUCAGAAGUAAAAGACUGUCAAAGUGCCACUAGUCAGCAGUUUUAAGAGCAGGGUUACCAUUUGAUCAAAUGGAUGUUCCUCACAUCGUCGUAUUUCCGAAAGCCAGAUCUGGAGCCAACAUUGAAAAAUGGUCCCCUUCAUUCACAUCGUGAAUCGUAAGAGAUUUAAUCCCCUCAGACUUUCCUAAUUCUAUGAAGUGAAUGGUUUUAGUUGCUUCUAUAAAUGACAUAUAAAAUUAUAAAAAAACCUGUUUUAUCAAAGUAUUAACUUAUUUUAUGUUACUCAAACUAUGCAUAAAACGUCUCGCAUUGCUAUUACAGUUAAGUGCCUUGCUUUCCAAAAAUAAGCUAUAAACGUGGGCAUAAUACAACAAGUUCAUGCCUCAAAAUGACAACGCCAUAAUGCUUGUCUAGGUGUAUUAUUCCAGUUUGGGCCUGGCCAGUUCCCAGCGGUUUCGGCCAGAAUAGGCAAGAAGCCCUUGCAAGUGUGCUUUACAGGUACAAAUGGAAAAAUCUGGUCCCCUUAAAGGAACUGCUCCUCUUUUUUACAUUCUUGCAGUAUUAAAUUUGUACAGUAUGUUUUCAAGGGAUGUAGAGGUUGUUUAUGCAUGUUUCUUGCCGUGUAUAUGCAGUAUGUUAUAAACUACCAAAAUAAUUCACUCUUUGAAAGUGCAAUACUCCUCAUGUAUAUUUAAGAAAUUAUGUCCUUCAAAUUAACUUAAAAAAUUAAAAUAACCCAUUUUGAUCAAUAAAGCUCUUGUUGAAAGUGUUGCCAAA